AUGCACUACUCAGCUACAUUCAAUGCAGCGGAGCGGAAGUAUCCUCAAAUGCACAAGGAGGUUCGAGCUCUCGUGUUUGGAUUAAAAAAAUGUCACUAUUACAUUUCUGGUCGUCGUUUUACCAUUCAUAUCGACCACACACUUCUUGCUAAUUCAACCGAAAAUGGCCAUCCGUUGUGUACGGGCUCGCCAUGCACUAUUCUGUCAUACGACUUCUCUAUUGAAUACAUAAAUACUGAAAGCUUUGGAUAUGCCGAUAUUAUUUCUCGACUAAUCGCAAACCAUGUAAAACCUGAUGAAGAUACCGUCAUAGCAUCUAUUCAAUUAGAAGAAGACGAGGACCUGAACAUCAAUUGUUUUGCGAUAGAAACAGCCGCCAAACUUCCAAUCACUUUCACUAAUAUUCAAACAGCAACCAAAGCCUGCCAUACUCUCAAUAAGGUCACGUUCUACAUCCAAAAUGACUGCUGGCCUCAAAAGAAAAAACAAAUCACAGAUAAUGAAGUAGCAGCAUUUUUCCAGCAUCGACAUCAUCUUACGAUCCAACAACAGAGUAUUUUCUUUGGUGAGAGAAUUGUUAUUCCCAAAAUUUACCACCAGCAAGUCCUUGAAGAUCUCCAUAAUGGACAUCCAG